AUGGUCGGCGAGUUGGUCAAGAAGCCUGAGCAUGAACCACGAGCGUUUGCAGUGAUGCCAUUCGUUUGGUCUAUCGGUACGAUCAUUGGCCCUGCAAUCGGUGGCACUUUUGCCAGACCUGCCAUCUCCAUGCCUUCCGUCUUUUCUCCGGCUAGCAUCUUUGCCCACUUCCCUUACCUCCUCCCCAAUCUUCUAUGCGCCGCUAUACUUCUGAUUAGCAUCUUGUUCGGCUACUUCUUUUUAAUUGAGACUCACCCAGACAUGCAGCCAUGGAGUACACAAGAAGAGUUGGACCAUACCACCGCGGAAACGCCUCUGAUGACUGCUGGAGCUACAGCUGAUUAUGGAGUCGACCUUCGCGCUGACACCUAUGGCACAUUCAAUACCGUUAACAUUAACGAAUCAAAGGAAUGGAUGCUGAAUGCCGAUGGUACUCCGCGUCCAGCAUCCACCUCCUUGAAAGACAAGCCCAAAGUCUUCACUAGAAAAAUAGCCAUGAUAGUCGUCGCGCUCGGCAUCUUCACCUACCACAGCAUGUCUUACGACCACCUUCUCCCUAUUUUCCUGCAAGACGAACGUGUCUCCACCAGCAGUAUCUCUCAAUCGCCUUUCAACAUCCCCGGCGGCCUCGGCCUUGCAAUUCGGUCUGUCGGGACCAUCAUGUGUAUCAAUGGUAUCAUCGCCCUUUUCAUCCAGGCUAUAAUUUUCCCUCUCUUCGCGUCCUGGCUUGGGGUUUGGAAGACCUUCGUUAUAGUCACGGUUUUCCAUCCUGUUGCUUACUUCAUCGUUCCAUACCUGGCCUUUCUCCCGGAGACUUCGCUGUACCCAGGCAUCUAUGUCUGCUUGGCUAUUCGCAACUUUUUCAGCAUACUUGGAUACCCGGUCCUCCUCAUCCUCCUCAAAGAAGCUGCACCAUCCCGCUCAGUACUUGGAAAGGUCAACGGCCUCGCCGCUUCGGCAGGUGCAGCUUGCCGGACUAUUGCACCUCCUAUCGCAGGCUAUCUUUACGGGGUCGGCACUCAGAUCGGCUUUACAGGACUCGCUUGGUGGGGAAGUGGCAUUGUGGCGAUUGCAGGAGCCUUCCAAAUUCUCUCAAUCCAAAGGACCAAGAACAAGACGGCUACGAUCAGGCCAAUGGCUAGCUUCAUGCGGAAUGCAAUGCCUGCAGAGAGGGAGGAGGAUGUGGUACACAUUACUGUCACCGACAGGGACGAGGUGUAG